AUGCUGCACGGAGACACUAGCGCUGCCGCGCUUUCGGCGGCUGCCGGGCUUCUUGGGGCGGCGGUAGCUGCGACAGACCUGUUCGGCGAAGCCAAGGACUUGCAGGGGCUGGAGCUCAUGGAGGCAUCCCUCCGCGAAGGAGAUGUCCUGAUUCUCCCGCCUGGCUGGUGGCAUCAGACGUUGUGCAGAGUCGGUCCCGCGGCACUUGCGCUGACACCCUUCUUGACCGAGGCCACCAUUCCACUCUCUCUGGCGGAGCUGUCAAAGCAUGGCUUCGUAACUGAGGCAUCCGGAAAGGCAGCUCCUGCGGACGUCCUGCGGGCUUGCCUAUCCACCGUAGUUCGCAGUGGCCAACUUGGGCAAGGGACUUGGCCCUUUGUACUCUCGGCACUGAGUGGCGAGAAGGAGGAGGCAGAGCUGCCUUUCCAGGACCGGCUGUGGAAGCUGGUCAAGGCGCAGCCCGCCUUUGCAAGCAGCGGAGCCGUCUUGCCAGCGGAUGCCAAGAGCUGGUCCCAAGAGUCCUUGAGGAGGUUUGUGGCCUCGGGCGGCUUUCUGAUUCCAGAGGGCCGCACCAUGGAGCCAAGCCGCAGGACGACGAUUCUCAGCGAGUGGAUGGCAAUGCCCAUUCCUGCUCAAGGCGUGGCGAAGAUUGAAGGGGAGGCCCCCAAGGUGAUCUGGAUGUACUGGGCCCAGGGAGCCAGCGACCUACAGGGGUUCAGGCGGCUCUGCGUCCACACCUGGAUCGUCCAAAACCCCGGAUGGCAGGUGAUCGUGCUGGAUGCGACGUCCCUGAAGGCCUACAUAGAGGAAGCGGACCUCCCGCACUGCUACGAGGAGCUCCCGGCAGCUCAGCAGAGCGAUGCACUGCGACUCGCGCUGCUUCAACGCUAUGGCGGCGUCUACACCGAUGUGGCGACCGUCUGUUUGCGUCCCCUGGAGGAGUGGAUUUGGUCUGAAAUCACCACCGGGCCACAGGAGCAGGGUUUAGGUGCCUGGUAUCUAGCAUGCUUCGGCAUGGAUCCUGGCAGCAGCCGCGAGUACGUGGAGAAUUGGUUUCUUGCAGCACGGCGGGGUCAUCCCCUGAUCCGAGCUUGGCGGGAGCUUUACGUGGAGGGCUGGAAGCUGGCGAGGACACGGCAUGACUACCCCACAUCCCCGCUCUUCCGUGAUGUCGACCUCUCGCACAUCAGCAUCGCAGAGCAUCGGGAUUGGCUUCUCAUGCACGUUUGCUUCAAGAAGCUGAUCGAUGAAAACGAAUACCUCAGGCGGCUCUGGUCAGAGGAGAUAACGCUGCUGAAAGCGGAUGAGGGCGCACUAGCGUG